CUCAUAAAAGUGAAAAGAAGCAAGACUAUAAAAUUAGCUCGGGGCAUUAAAAUUGCAAAACGCGCAAAAACUUGGCAAUUAAAUCGCAAUAAUUGCAGUGUGUGUGCUUGGGAUUAAUUCCAGAACUGAUUAGUAAUUGCAUUUGAUUCGCUUAUUAUUGCAUUUGCAGUUGCUGCAGUGGCAUCAACAUCAGCAUCAGUAAAUCACCAGGGAUGGGGAAAAUAAGUAGAUCUCACUGGGGCAUCUCGUUGAUUUCGCUGUGCAUCGUUGUUGGUCAACUGAUGGACAGCUGUCGAACGGAACGAACGAAUGUGGGUCUCAUCUAUGAAAACACCAAUCCGGAUCUAGAGAAAAUCUUUCACUUGGCCAUCGACAAGGCGAACGAGGAGAAUGAGGAGCUCAAGCUGCAUGGCGUGGCUGUGGCGAUUGAGCCGAAUAAUGCCUUCGAGACAUCCAAGAAAUUGUGCAAAAUGCUGCGACAAAAUUUGGUAGCCGUAUUUGGACCAAGCACGAAUUUGGCCGCACGCCAUGCCAUGAGCAUAUGCGAUGCCAAGGAGCUGCCCUUUCUGGACACACGCUGGGAUUUUGCGGCCCAACUGCCCACCAUCAAUCUACAUCCGCAUCCGGCACAACUGGGCGUGGCUCUCAUGGAUUUGGUGAGCGCUCUGGGCUGGGAGAGUUUCACCAUCAUCUACGAGUCGGGUGAGUAUCUGGCGACAGUUAAUGAACUGCUGCAGAUGUACGGCACAACGGGACCGGCGAUAACGCUGCGACGCUAUGACCUCGAUCUCAAUGGCAACUAUCGCAAUGUGCUGCGACGUAUACGCAACGCAGAGGAUGAUUCAUUUGUGGUUGUGGGAUCGAUGGACACGUUGCCGGAGUUCUUUAAGCAGGCACAGCAGGUGGGAUUGAUGACCAGUGAUUAUCGGUACAUUAUUGGUAAUCUCGAUUGGCAUACCAUGGAUCUGGAACCAUAUCAGCAUGCGGAUGCCAACAUCACAGGCAUGCGUGUCGUCUCACCGCAAAACGAACAGGUGCUGGAGGUGGCCAAGGCGUUGUAUGCGAGCGAGGAGCCUUUUCAAAAUGUGUCAUGUCCUGUGACCAACAGCAUGGCCUUGAUCUACGAUGGCAUUCAGCUGCUGGCCGAGACCCAUAAACAUAUUAACUUCCGGCCCAUUCAGCUGAGCUGCGCCGACGACAGCACCUGGGACAAGGGCUACACGUUCGUCAACUACAUGAAGCAGUUGACGCUCAACGGCCUCACGGGCACCAUUCGGUUUGACAACGAGGGAUUGCGCACAGAUUUUCAGCUGGAGGUCAUUGAGUUGAGUGUGUCGGGCUUGCUGCCAAUUGGCCAAUGGAGCACCGAGAACGGCUUCGAAAUGAAUCGACCUGCUGCAGCGCAUACACUUGAACCGGAUAUGCGUUCGCUGAUGAACAAGAGCUUUGUGGUUGUCACGGCCAUUAGCGAACCCUAUGGCAUGCUCAAGGAGACGGCGGAGAAGCAGGAGGGCAAUGCACAAUUCGAAGGCUUCGGCAUUGAAUUGAUUGAUGAGCUGUCCAAGAAACUUGGCUUCACCUACACCUUCUAUCUGCAGCCGGACAAUAAAUACGGCGGCCUGGAUCCCAAAACGGGCGAAUGGAAUGGAAUGCUGCGCGAGAUAAUAGACAAUCGUGCUGACAUGGGCAUAACCGAUUUGACCAUGACAUCGGAACGUGAGAGCGGCGUGGACUUUACCAUUCCCUUUAUGAAUCUGGGCAUCGCAAUAUUGUUUCGCAAACCGAUGAAGGAGCCACCCAAGCUAUUCUCGUUCAUGUCCCCAUUCUCGGGCGAAGUUUGGCUCUGGCUGGGUCUGGCCUACAUGGGCGUAUCCAUCAGCAUGUUUAUACUGGGACGUUUAUCGCCAGCGGAAUGGGAUAAUCCAUAUCCGUGCAUUGAAGAGCCCACCGAACUGGAGAAUCAAUUUAGCUUUGCCAAUUGCCUCUGGUUCUCCAUUGGCGCUCUGCUGCAGCAAGGCUCUGAGCUGGCACCCAAGGCAUUCUCAACACGCGCCGUGGCCUCUUCUUGGUGGUUCUUCACACUGAUUUUGGUUUCCUCGUACACGGCAAAUUUGGCCGCUUUUCUCACAGUUGAAUCGUUGGUGACACCCAUCGAGGAUGCCGAUGACUUGUCACAGAAUAAAGGAGGCGUCAAUUAUGGCGCCAAAAUUGGUGGCAGCACUUUUACCUUUUUUAAAGAUGCUAAAUAUCCGACGUAUCAGAAGAUGUUCGAGUUUAUGGAUCAGAAUCCGCAGUACAUGACAAAUUCAAAUCAGGAGGGCGUCGAUCGUGUGGAGAACAGCAACUACGCCUUUCUCAUGGAGUCAACGACCAUUGAGUACAUCACCGAGCGACGCUGCACGCUGACCCAAGUGGGCACGCUGCUGGACGAGAAGGGCUACGGCAUUGCCAUGCGAAAGAACUGGCCCUAUCGCGAUGUGUUGAGUCAGGCCAUCUUGGAGAUGCAGGAACAGGGAUUGCUUACCAAAAUGAAGACCAAGUGGUGGAAGGAGAAGCGUGGCGGCGGCGCCUGUUCGGAUGCAGGCGACGAGGGUGGCGCAUUGGCCCUUGAGAUAAGCAAUCUGGGUGGCGUCUAUCUGGUGCUGGGUGUGGGCGCCUUCUUUGGCGUAUUCGUAUCGCUACUGGAGAUGCUGCUGGGCGUCAAGGAGCGCAGCAGUGAGAACAAGGUCAACUUUAAGGACGAACUGUUGGAUGAGCUGCGUUUCAUAAUGCAAUGUUCGGGGAAUACCAAGGCUGUCAAGUAUCCCAAGAAUUCGGGCAGCAGCUCAAGCUCAUCGGGCAGUGGCGACAAGUCAAAGGAAGGCUCUUCAAUGUCCGUGGACUCGCUACCCGAGGACCAAUCCGUUGUCGAUGUGGAGGCCGUCAAGGAGAAACGUGCCAAGAAGUAGAAGAAGCCUUCAUAGGAGAUUUAGUACAUUUAAUUUAGUACAUUUUGUUAUUGUUUGUGUGCCCUGCUAAUAAACUUUCUCGAAAGCUUUGAGCUUUUGUCAGCAAAGCUUUUGUCCAAUAUC